AACACUGUCCCUGCUAGUUUUCUAAGUUUACUGCAAUCUCUGCACGGGGGGAGGGAGAGAGAGGGAGAGAGAGACAGAGAUUACCAACAUGAGUGCAGGUAGAGAGUUUAGGGCAAGACUCCUUCCAGCUUCAACAACUGGCUUGGUCCCGUGAUGUGUGUAGCCGUGGACAGUGGAAUAAACCCAUAUGAUCAGUGAAAGAAGCCAAAGGAAUUUGGACAACACAUAAAAAAUCAAAUAUGAUGAAGAAUGAAGAAACGAGUUUUAAUGUGGACAGUACCCAAGCCUCUCCCUUCUCCCGCUGCCUGCAGCCUCUAAGCCCAGUUACAAAGCCACACAGAACAACUCCAUUUGGUGAAGAAUUCAGACCGCACCUCUCACAUUUCCGCUAUGGUCCUCCUCCUCUUGGAGACAUGGAAACAUUCCAGGGUUCCUUGGAAGGAGGGUCUCGGAAACGGAAGAGCAUGCCAACAAAAAUGCCUCCUUCCAUCGCUCUUGAGGGUUCCUCGUCACCACCAGGCAGACCUGAAGAUCACAAUGACAUAGGCGCUUCCAGUCUCCCCUUGGUUUUCCAGCAGCCAGCACAGCCCAAAUACAGUUCCCAGAUGAUCGACCUUUGCAACUUUGGUUUUCAGUUCUACAGAACCCUGGAGCACUUUGGAGCCAAGCCAAUUAAGCAAGAACCAGUGAAGCCUAACAUCGCAUGGCCCAGUAGCCCAGCAUUCAUGCAGGCUCCUUACCCUUAUUACCCUAAAGUCCACCCUGGCUUAAUGUUUCCUUUUAUUGUGCCACCAAACUUUCAUUUCAGGAACCCCUUUCAAAUGAAAAGACCUCCAGAGCCACCAUUCAGGAGGGCUGAAGUAAAAGAAAGUGGUGAAAAUAAACAGAAAGUGGAAAGAGUAGAUGUCAACCUUCAGAUAGAUGACAGUUACUAUGUUGAUGUUGGGGGUGAACAGAAACGCUGGCAAUGUCCCAUGUGUGAGAAGUCCUACACAUCCAAGUACAAUUUGGUGACCCAUAUCUUGGGGCACAGUGGCAUUAAGCCACACGCUUGCACCCGUUGUGGCAAGCUUUUCAAGCAGCUGAGCCACUUGCACACACAUAUGUUGACACACCAGGGCACUCGGCCACAUAAAUGCCAGGUGUGCCACAAGGCUUUCACUCAAACCAGUCACCUUAAGAGACACAUGAUGCAACACAGUGACAUCAAGCCUUACAACUGCAGGAUCUGUGGCAGAGGCUUUGCCUACCCCAGUGAGCUGAAAGCACAUGAGUCUAAGCACGAGAGUGGCCGAGAGAACAUUUGUGUGGAGUGUGGUCUGGACUUCCCAACCCUGGCCCAGCUGAAGAGACACUUAACAACCCACCGUGGCCCUAUACAGUACAAUUGCACUGAAUGUGAUAAGACCUUCCAGUACCCGAGCCAGCUGCAAAACCACAUGAUGAAGCACAAAGACAUCCGCCCCUACAUCUGCACUGAAUGUGGCAUGGAGUUCGUGCAGCCCCAUCACCUCAAACAGCACUCCCUGACUCACAAGGGUGUGAAAGAGCACAAAUGUGGGAUUUGUGGCCGGGAAUUUACUCUGCUGGCCAACAUGAAGCGACAUGUCCUGAUCCACACCAAUAUCAGAGCCUAUCAAUGCCAUUUGUGCUUCAAGAGCUUUGUGCAAAAGCAGACUCUCAAGGCCCACAUGAUUGUUCACUCUGAUGUCAAACCCUUCAAGUGCAAGCUGUGUGGAAAAGAAUUUAACAGAAUGCAUAAUUUAAUGGGACACAUGCACUUGCACUCAGACAGCAAGCCUUUCAAGUGCCUGUACUGUCCCAGCAAAUUCACCUUGAAGGGGAACCUAACCAGGCACAUGAAAGUCAAACAUGGGGUCAUGGAAAGAGGAUUUCAUUCUCAAGGUUUUGGAAGAGGAAGAAUUGCUCUGUCCCAGACAAAUGUCUUGAGAAGUUUGGAACAGGAAGAGCCCUUUGAUCUUUCUCAGAAAAGCCAAGGGAAGGGAAUCUCUUUUCAUUCGGAUGGCGAGAGUGCCAAGGGAAGUUCAUGCCAGGAAGAAGAGGAAGACAACUGCUAUGAGGCAGAGCAGUACAGCCCUGCCAUGUACCACCACGACGACAACAAGCUGUACGCAGCUCAAGAUCUGCCUGGCAAAUCCGAGUGCAUGAUGAAGGACUUCCGAGAGUCCUACUGCAAUGAGAAGGAAGAAGUGUUAAGUGAGGGAGGACUGGAGAGGAGAAAAGGAAAUUCAGACAAACAGGAGAACCAAGAAGAGAGAGACCUUGUGACGAACAAAGAACACGUCAGCUUUAGAUCCUUUGAAAAAGCCAGACUUGGCCACUCUCUCUCUGAUUACUUGUAUUUCAAGCACAGGAACAAGAGUUUGAAAGAAUUGCUGGAAAGAAAAAUGGAAAAACAAACAAUGCUUAUAGGCAUUUAAAAAGGACAUUUUAAAACAGAUGGAAAAUGGGAGCCAGAUAGCUUUUAACAUGAACUGUAAUUUACCAAAGCCUGGAAGUUUGUAGCAGUCUUUAGAAAUAAACAAGCGAAAUUAAUAAAAAUAAUUUAAGGUAAAACACAUACAUCCAAAGAACAAAGCAGUCCAAGGUCACCAAGGAAUGCAAUAGAUAUUGAACAAUAACAUUUUUAUACUUAUCCAUUUGAUGUAUAAGCAGACAAUGGAGUGGGUACAGAAGUUUAUUUUCCUUUAACUGGGGAUAUUAACUUAUAUGCAAUUUUCUAGUUAUCAAAACCAGCAUACUUUAGCGUUUGUUUUAUUAUCUGACUAAAUAUAUAUGAACACUUCUAACCAUACAUCUCAAAAAAAAUCUGAAAAUACUAACUAUUUCACAGUAUAAGCAAGAGUACUAUUAAACAUGGCGUGCAUGAAAAUUCUGUCAGUCUUACAACUAACACAGUCCAAAUACUUUCAUUUACUGAAGUGACUGGUAGCUAACUACUUACAAUGAGAAAUGGGAAACAAAUUAGGAUGAAAUGCUAAUGUCUUGUGAGAUAGUGAAAGGCAGCUCUGUAAGGCUUUGAAAGGACUGUAAUUUAUUAUGGCCACAGAAGCUUUUCCUCUGGCACAAGGCAUGUUUGUGUUUCGCUAUGUUUCAGUCAGUAUGGGAGUAUUCAGCUAUUCUUCAAGCGAAAUAGUAUGGACUGUGUUGACAUUUUGUUAUACUGUCUGCUCAGGCCAAUACACCUAAUGAGCAUCAGCAGCAUGUAGCAUUUGCAAGUCUUGCUGUAAUUACACCUAAAGCAGUAAGAGUAAUUUCAUUGAGAAAGUUAUUGAGUUAUUGAGAAAUUUUGCUGUUUAUCUCUUCAGUUUAUUUUGGCUAGCAAGGAUGAUUUUGAAAUACAAAGGUCUAAUCAGCUUUUAUUUUAGAAGGUAUGCCAGAAAAGAGCCCUUAUGGAGCAAGCAGUACCUCAUAGAGGAAAACUGGAUUUGGAUUUCUUAUCAGAGUCAGAAAUUUUCCCUUAACAACGUGGCUUGACCAGUAAGCUCCAGGCCUUUCAGAAGAAUUCCACUUGCGCUGUUUUUCUGAGUCAUUCCCAAUUUUUCAUCCUCUGAUUCCCAUACAAUUAUAUGUUCAUAACAAAGGUGCUAAAAGCACAUUCCAUUAAGCACAUUCCACCAAUUGCAUGAAUAGUUUGACCAGCACCUUGACUCCUGCAUCUUCAAGAUAAAUGGCAAACCGACCCAUACCAUCCUAUUGCUUAUAAGGAACUACAGAUUUAAUAAGUCUUUUAAUUAGUCCUAUGUCAUUCUGACAUCCCAUCUCAAAAGGUUAAAAUCCACAUAUGUGGUGCACCUUUUUCAAAUAUUACUACCUUCUUAACUUACCUGUAAAGUUCUUGAUUUUAAAUACCUUGCUAUCAUGCUCUAUAUAUAGCAAGUUAUAAUUCAAUAUAGUCAUAUACUUAUGGCUUGCUAAGGCUAGAAUCAUGUAGCUGCAGCUCUCUGCCAUUAUAAGAAAUGAUUCACCUUACAGAACUAAUGAUUCUCACACCUACCAGUUAAUCAGCGCUCACAGGGCAACAUCCCAUAUUAAUCAUAUAAAACUGGGUUUCUGUAGUCUGGGGUUGCAGAAGGUGGUUUCAUUUUUCAGGGCUCAAACAUGGCAUGAUAAAGAUUCUGAAUGAAGAGCAGAAAAAGCUGUUGAUAGAAGAAGCCGUAACAAACAGAUUAGUCUUCUAUGUGUAAUUAACUCUACAGCUGGUGUACGGACUUUUUUAAAACAAAAAGGGUAUACCAAAUUGAAGUGGAAUGUAGGUCACUUUAGGCCUGGAAUUACUGUUGUGUUUCAGAAUGAGGUGUAUUUCAGAGGUACCUAGCCAUGUUUUUUCAGUGAUGAACUAUUUUAUCAUAUACAUGCAACUUCCUUGCUUCCACUGCAAGAUAACUCCUCUUGAAAAAGGAGCUAUCUAUCUUUCAAGGUAUACAUUGUGGUCAAGCAGAAGAAUCAGAAAAUGUUUAGAGUAAUGUGUGUAACCGCAUUCUUUCUUAGACGAGAGGGGAAAUGAUCAGGUAGAAAUUCAGCAUGUUCUGGGAUAUUGUCUCUUAGAAAUGGGAACAAGUCCUUCAGUUACCUUCUUGGCAAUAUCUUGUCUCUGUCAGACGAAAGCUCCUGUGUGGGAACGUACAGAGUGAAGAGCCGGGAGCCACUGACUCUUAGAAAUGUCCCUCUCAAGGUGGUGGAGUUUCCAGCUGCGCAUGAUUCAAGAUCAGUCCUCCACCUUUGCAGCUUUAUUAGUUCCUAUGUUAAGAGGAGUAAACAAGGAACCAGGAACCUUGUUGCAAUUUUUAGAAUGGUGACCAUGCAGAUGGGUGGAACUUAGCAAGCCCCUUCACUUUGCUGGUGGGUAAAGCAGAAGGGCAUGCAGCCCUUCCAUUGCAAAGCCCCGUUGUCUAUGUAUUGGAGAGUGUUAUGGGACAGGUAGACAAUCCCUAUCAAGAAAUGUGAUUACAUAUUAACAGCUCCCAGUAGAUAACUCAUAACAACAAAAAUGAUGUCUACUGCAAGUAUGCAGUCCAGAGUUCCCUUACAGACCUCGUAAGGGAAAAUUGCCAGACGUGUCCUUAGGAAAGAAAAUCACUGCAAACAGUUCUGGGUUGUCUGAAUGGUUAACCCAAACACUUUCAACCACACUGUCACUGCAGCCAAUUUAUCCACUUCUACAAUCCCACUUCUCAUUGGAGCAAAAGCAACUGCCAACCACAUACAGACAGGUGGAAUAAGUGUGCAAUGCUAUUUGGGAAUAAUUUGUAAUGUGAAUCCCUUUUCUUGCAUUCUUCCUAGAAAGCGGAGAAUAUUCCAUUACAAUGAGGCUUUGAGACUGUGCCCGGUCACAUAGUCAUACUAAGAUAAUCCACAAACGCUCAAGGCUAAUUCGUGUCAGAAUAGCAAAGAACCCACCUAAAACUGUAAGUCACCAGUCAGAGGAAUUGCAAACAAAACUAUUACUGAGAUAAGGAGACAGUGCCAAGUGACCCAAGCAAAGAGAUUAGGAGAUGAUAGUCCUCUCUACUGUAGAACAUAAUGCAGCUGGGUCUAAGAAACUUGUUACAAACAGUCCCCGAGGGACAAAUCAAAAGUGAAAUAACAGCCUUCAUUGUGAAGCACCUUGCUUUUCAAACAUAAGUUAUUUUCACGCUAUUUACAUUGGCACCGUUUUGGGAACAGACAGUAACAGUCUUUGCUUUUUAAUAGCUUUGAAAAUGCUUUAUAGAAAGUUGCUCUCAUAAUAAAGUUAUUUCCCAUUUUUAAUUUUUGAGGAAUUAGCUUCCUUGUUUUGCUUUGAAUAGAGGCUCAGAAGUCCUGUAGACAUAUUCCUGUGUCGUGGACCUUGGGGAUAUAUUUUUUUUUUUACUCCUUCCUAAUCUAUCUAUCUUCUUCUUGCUAUGUUGUGGAAAAAAACUUUAUCUGUCACUUCUCUGCUAUUUGGGUUUUCAGCUCCUGGUAGCACAUGAAAUUAAAGCCCAGUCUCCACAACCUCUAUAUUAAAUCACAUCCAUACCUUUCCCUGCAUAUUAUUUGAAGCCUAGCUUCAUCCUCUUGGAGAGCAUCCGAGCAUAUAAGGAUGGCCGCAAACUGUGGUAUACAACUGAGAUGUUUUCCAAACUCAUACAGUCUGAGAUGUUUCAAGAAGCCAUGCUGAGGAAAGGUAAAUUGGCCACACCAUCAUGAGUCUGGGCAAGUGAAGGCACGUGGUUUGUUAAAUCAGAGGGUUUUUUUCUGCUGUUAAGGGCAGCAGGGAGAAUUCUGCAAGACACUGUACAGAACAGAGUAGGUGGAUGAAAAGUUGGGUUAGUAAAAUUUGAGGGUAAAGAACUACAACAUAUUUACUGAAAAAGUGAAGUCGUAGGUAACCCUGGAACAAGCUGUUCUGAGGCUGGCCACAAGAACUCAGCCAUCGCCUUGUGAACCGGAGUUCUCCUGGCUGCUGGGCAGCCUCCAGUCUGUGAAGGCAAGGACAGGUGCUCUGUGUUCACCAGCUCAAAGGAUAAAACUGUUUAUGAUGAUAUUAUAGUAUAAUUUAUCCUGUGCCACGUCCUAUAAAACCAGAUACUGGAAAGACCAAGUAAUGCUACUCUACCCACCUCUUUACAACUCUGUGUUGAUCUACUAGCUAUUUUCUUAUUUCUCUCUUCAUAUGGUGCUGCUGGACUCUGCUGUUAUGAGUGUACAGUUAAGAAUUAAUAUAAGUACUAUAUUUAUUAUUCCAAGAAGUUUUUAAUAAUUAUUAACAGUUUUGAAAAUAGGUCGUGUCUGCUUAGCUGAACAAGAUGUAACAGAGCUAACAUUUUGUACUCCUAACAGAUUUUGCAAAUAAUGUGGUGUAUAUUUAUUUCAUAUACAACACCAGGUUCCUAUUUAAAGUCCCAACUCAAGAAAUGGACCAACUAUCUGUGAAUAUUUACUUUCUGGCUUUCUAUCUCAAUCAUAAAAGCAUGUAUUAUGUAUUGUAUUAAAUUAAGCAAAUAAAUAUGUACCGGAGAA